AUGGAGUCUCGCCCGCCCAUUUACUCGACAGCAACCAACCUCAAGCAGGGUUAUUCCCCGCCAUGGGAGGAUCUCAGUAUUAUAGGCAUCGCAGGCAGCUCUGGCUCCGGCAAGACUUCUGUGGCCAUGGAGAUCGUCAAGUCCCUCAAUCUUCCCUGGGUCGUUAUCCUUGUGAUGGACUCUUUCUAUAAAACUCUAAGUCCUGAAGAGCACAAAAGGGCACACAUGAACCAGCACGAUUUUGAUUGUCCCGAGUCGCUUGAUUUCGAUGUCCUAGUACAAACUCUUAGAGAUUUGAAGCAAGGGAAGAGGGCAAACAUACCAGUUUACUCAUUCAAGGACCACCAGCGUCAAAAAGAGACUACACCUCUCUAUUCGCCUCAUGUGCUGAUCCUGGAAGGAAUUCUCGCUUUGCAUGAUCCUAGAAUUCUAGAACUUCUCGAUGCCAAAAUCUUUGUCGAGGCUGAUAUGGAUGUAUGCCUCGGUCGAAGAAUCCUACGUGAUGUCAAAGAACGUGGAAGAGAUAUCGAAGGAAUUAUACAGCAGUGGUUCACGUUUGUUAAACCAUCCUAUACAAAGUAUGUUGAGCCGCAACGGCACAUAUCAGACAUUAUUAUCCCGAGAGGGAUAGAAAAUAAAACGGCUAUUGGUAUGGUCGUUGAACACAUAAAAAGACGACUACAGGAAAAGUGCGAGAAGCACAGUUCAGACCUUAUGAAGCUACACGCGCUAGCAGCAGAGGAGGAUCUCUCUUCUAAUGUCUUAAUCGUCGAACAAACUUCGCAGCUCGUAGGAAUGCACACGAUUUUGCAAGAUCCGUCAACAGAACAAGUUGAUUUUGUCUUCUACUUUGAUCGAUUGGCUUCGCUCCUCAUUGAAAGGGCACUGGACUGUAUGGUGUAUACAUCCACUGUUGUUCAAACGCCGAAGCAAGAACAAUACCACGGCGUGCGACCCGAUGGUAUUGUCUCUGCAGUUGCCGUUUUGAGAGGUGGCUCAUGUCUAGAAACAGCCCUGAAGCGCACCAUACCGGACUGCAUUACUGGAAGGCUUCUUAUCCAAAUGAACAAGGAGGCUUCCACGCCAGAGCUCCACUAUCUCAAAUUACCUCCCAAAAUCGAAACUCACUCUACUGUGCUGCUUCUGGACCCCCAAAUGGCUACCGGAGGUGCUGCGUUGAUGGCAGUCCGAGUCCUGAUUGACCACGGAGUCCAGGAGCACCGAAUAGUCUUUGUUACUUGUGCUGCAGGUAGACGUGGCCUGCAAAGACUAACAGCUGUAUACCCUGAGGUCAAGGUCGUCGUGGGACGCAUAGAAGAUGAGGAAGAGCCACGAUGGAUGGAGAACCGAUACUUUGGCUGCUAG